GGCCGAGGGGUCCGGGGGUCCGGGGGCCUGGGUCCGGCGUCGGGCAUGGCGCCCUGGAGCCGUCUGCUGGCCCUGGCCUUGCUGGUGGCGGGCGCGGGGGGCCUGGAGUUCGGCGGGGCGCCGGGCCAGUGGGCCCGCUACGCCGGCUGGACGGGCGCGGCGGCCGGCGGCCAGCUGAGCUUCAGCCUGAGGACCAACGCCAGCCGGGCGCUGAUCCUCUACCUGGACGACGGCGGCGACUGCGACUUCUUGGAGCUGCUGCUGGUGGACGGGCGGCUCCGCCUGCGCUUCACGCUGUCCUGCGCCGAGCCCGCCACCCUGCACCCGGAGACCCUCGUGGCCGACGACCGCUGGCACAUGGUGCUGCUGACCCGCGACGCCCGCCGCACGGCCCUGGCGGUGGACGGCGAGGCCCGCGCCGCCGAGGUCCGCUCCAAACGGCGGGAGAUGGUGGUGGGCAGCGACCUCUUCGUCGGGGGCGUCCCGCCGGACGUGCGCCUCUCCGCCCUGACCCUCAGCACCGUCAAGUACGAGCCGCCCUUCCGCGGCCUGCUGGCCAACCUCAAGCUGGGCGAGCGGCCGCCGGCCCUGCUGGGCAGCCAGGGGCUCGGCGGGGUCGGGGCCGAGCCCCUCUGCGCCGGCCGGAACCCCUGUGCCAACGGCGGGCUCUGCGCCGUGCUGGCCGGGGAGGUCAGCUGCGACUGCAGUCACACCGGUUUCGGCGGAAAGUUCUGCAGCGAAGAGGAACGUCCCGUGGAAGGUCCGGCUCACCUGACGCUAAGCAGCCAAGUAGGGUCCUUACUGUUCUCCGAGGGGGGGGCCGGGCGAGGAGGAGCCAGCGAUGUGCACCAGCCCACAAAAGGGAAGGAGGAGUAUGUGGCGACCUUCAAGGGCAACGAGUUCUUCUGCUACGACCUGUCCCACAACCCGAUCCAGAGCAGCACGGACGAGAUCACGCUGGCCUUCCGCACUCUGCAGCGCAACGGGUUGAUGCUGCACACCGGCAAGUCGGCUGACUACGUCAACCUGUCCCUCAAGGCCGGGGCCGUGUGGCUCGUCAUCAACCUCGGGUCGGGCGCCUUCGAGGCCCUCGUCGAGCCCGUCAACGGCAAGUUCAACGACAACGCCUGGCACGACGUCCGGGUCACCCGCAACCUGCGCCAGCACGCAGGGAUUGGACACGCUAUGGUAAACAAACUGCAUUACCUGGUGACCAUCUCGGUGGACGGGAUCCUGACCACCACAGGCUACACUCAGGAAGACUACACGAUGCUGGGCUCCGACGACUUCUUCUACAUCGGGGGCAGCCCCAACACCGCCGACCUGCCCGGCUCCCCGGUCAGCAACAACUUCAUGGGCUGCCUCAAGGAUGUGGUCUACAAGAACAAUGACUUCAAGCUGGAGCUGUCCCGCCUGGCUCGGGAGGGGGACCCGAAGAUGAAGCUGCAGGGGGACCUGUCCUUCCGCUGCGAGGACGUGGCCGCCCUGGACCCGGUGACCUUCGAGAGCCCCGAGGCCUUCGUGGCGUUGCCCCGCUGGAGCGCCAAGCGCACGGGCUCCGUCUCGCUCGACUUCCGCACGACCGAACCCAACGGGCUGCUGCUGUUCAGCCAGGGCCGGCGGGCGGGGGGUCCCGGGGGUCCCGGCCUGACCCAGCGGGCGGACUACUUUGCCAUGGAGCUGCUGGACGGGCACCUCUAUCUGCUGCUGGACAUGGGCUCCGGGGGCAUCAAGCUGCGGGCGUCUAACCGCAAGGUCAAUGACGGCGAGUGGUGCCACGUGGACUUCCAGAGGGAUGGCCGCAAAGGCUCCAUCUCGGUCAACAGCCGCAGCACCCCGUUCCUGGCCAGCGGGGAGAGCGAGAUCCUGGACCUGGAGAGCGAGCUGUACCUGGGGGGCCUCCCGGAGGGCGUCCGGCCUGACCAGCCGCUGCCCCCGGAGGUGUGGACGGCGGCUCUGCGGGCCGGCUACGUGGGCUGUGUCCGGGACCUGUUCAUCGACGGCCGCAGCCGUGACCUGCGGGGCCUGGCCGAGGCCCAGGGGGCGGUGGGCGUCGCGCCCUUCUGCUCCCGGGAGACCCUGAAGCAGUGCGGGGCGGCGCCCUGCCGCAACGGGGGGCUCUGCCGCGAGGGAUGGAACCGCUUCGUCUGUGACUGCGUGGGGACCGGCUUUUUGGGCCCGGUCUGCGACAGAGAGGCGACCGUGCUCAGCUACGACGGUUCCAUGUACAUGAAGAUCAUGCUGCCGGGGGCCAUGCACACGGAGGCGGAGGACGUGUCCCUGCGCUUCAUGUCCCAGCGUGCCUACGGCCUCAUGAUGGCCACCACCUCCAAGGAGUCGGCCGACACGCUGCGCCUCGAGCUGGACGGCGGCCAGAUGAAGCUCACCGUCAACCUUGACUGCCUGCGCGUCGGCUGCGCACCCAGUGCUGCAGGUAAGGGUCCCGAGACCCUGUUCGCAGGGCACAAGCUCAACGACAACGAGUGGCACACGGUGCGGGUGGUGCGGCGUGGCAAGAGCCUGCAGCUGUCUGUGGACAACGUCACCGUUGAGGGACAGAUGGCGGGCGCCCACACCCGGCUGGAGUUCCACAACAUCGAGACGGGCAUCAUGACGGAGCGGCGCUUCAUCUCGGUGGUGCCGUCCAACUUCAUUGGGCACCUGAGCGGGCUGCUGUUCAACAGCCAGCCCUACAUGGACCAGUGCAAGGACGGGGACAUCUCCUACUGCGAACUCAAUGCCCGCUUCGGCCUGCGCGCCAUCGUGGCCGACCCCGUCACCUUCAAGAGCCGCGCCAGCUACCUGGCCCUGGCCACGCUUCAGGCCUACGCGUCCAUGCACCUCUUCUUCCAGUUCAAGACCACGGCGCCCGACGGACUCCUCCUCUUCAACUCGGGCAACGGCAACGACUUCAUCGUCAUAGAGCUGGUCAAGGGGUACAUCCAUUACGUGUUCGACCUGGGGAACGGCCCGUCCCUCAUGAAGGGCAACUCGGACAAGCCCGUCAAUGACAACCAGUGGCACAACGUGGUGGUGUCGCGGGACCCGGGCAACGUGCACACCCUCAAGAUCGACUCCCGCACCGUCACUCAGCACUCCAACGGCGCCCGCAACCUCGACCUCAAAGGUGAAUUGUACAUCGGAGGCCUCAGCAAGAACAUGUUCAACAACCUGCCCAAACUGGUGGCCUCCCGCGACGGUUUUCAAGGGUGCCUGGCCUCUGUGGACCUCAACGGCCGCCUCCCGGACCUCAUCGCCGACGCCCUGCACCGGAUCGGGCAGGUGGAGAGGGGCUGUGAUGGCCCCAGCACCACCUGCACCGAAGAUUCCUGUGCCAACCAGGGCGUCUGCCUGCAGCAAUGGGACGGCUUCACCUGCGACUGCUCCAUGACCUCAUACGGGGGUCCUGUCUGCAACGACCCUGGGACGACGUACAUCUUUGGGAAGGGGGGGGCUCUCAUCACCUACACGUGGCCCCCCAACGACCGGCCCAGCACGCGGAUGGAUCGGCUGGCCGUGGGCUUCAGCACCCACCAGCGGAGCGCCGUGCUGGUCCGGGUGGACAGUGCUUCCGGCCUCGGGGACUAUCUGCAGCUGCACAUCGACCAGGGCACCGUGGGGGUGAUCUUUAAUGUGGGCACGGAUGACAUCGCCAUCGACGAGCCCAACGCCAUCGUGAGCGACGGCAAGUACCAUGUGGUGCGCUUCACCCGGAGCGGCGGCAACGCCACCCUGCAGGUGGACAGCUGGCCCGUCAACGAACGCUACCCCGCAGGAAACUUUGAUAACGAGCGCCUGGCGAUUGCUAGACAGAGAAUCCCCUACCGGCUUGGUCGAGUAGUAGAUGAGUGGCUGCUCGACAAAGGCCGUCAGCUGACCAUCUUCAACAGCCAGGCGGCCAUCAAGAUCGGGGGCCGGGACCAGGGCCGGCCGUUCCAGGGUCAGGUGUCCGGCCUCUAUUACAAUGGGCUCAAGGUGCUGGCGUUGGCGGCCGAGAGUGACCCCAACGUGCGGGCCGAAGGCCACCUGCGCCUGGUGGGGGAGGGGCCGUCCGUGCUGCUCAGCGCCGAGACCACGGCCACCACCCUCCUGGCCGACAUGGCCACCACCAUCAUGGAGACCACCACCACCAUGGCCACCACCACCACGCGGAGAGGACGCUCGCCCACGCUGAGGGACAGUACCACCCAGAACACGGACGACCUGCUGGUGGCAUCAGCUGAGUGUCCUAGUGACGACGAGGAUUUGGAGGAGUGUGAACCCAGCACUGGAGGAGAGUUAAUCUUGCCUAUAAUCACGGAGGACUCCCUAGACCCCCCUCCCGUGGCCACGCGGUCCCCCUUCGCGCCCCCGCCCCCGACCCUGCACCCCUUCCUGCCGCCGGCGGGGGGCGCCACCCGCGACCCCCCGGCGCCGCCGCCGCCGCCGCCCCCGCCGCCCGGCGCGCCCCCUGCCGGCGGGCGGCGCCGGCCCCCCGCGGCGGGCGCCCCCUGCCGGGCCGACCCCGACGACAGCGACUGCGAGGAGCCGGCGGAGGCGUCGGGGCUGGCGUCCGGGGAGGUGUUCGACUCCAGCCUGCCCCCUACGGACGACGAGGAUUUUUACACCGCCUUCCCCCUGGGGGCCACGGACCGGCCCGGCCUGCUGGCCCCUCGCCAGCCCCCGGGACCCCCCGCCGCCCCGCGCCCCGACCUCAGGACAGACGGGGCCACCGGGCCGCCCCCGCACCGGCCGGCCGGCAAAAUGAACCACCGCGACCCGCUGCAGCCCCUGCUGGAGACGGCGCCGGCCCCCGCCCCGCCCUCCCCCGCCCUAACGGCCGGUCCCCCCGGCUUCCCCCGUCUGCCCACAGCCAGCCCCACCAGCGGGUCCGGGGAGCGGGGGCCGCCGGGGGCGGUGGAGGUCAUCCGCGAGUCCAGCAGCACCACGGGCAUGGUGGUGGGCAUCGUGGCCGCCGCCGCCCUCUGCAUCCUCAUCCUCCUCUACGCCAUGUACAAGUACCGCAACCGCGACGAGGGCUCCUACCAGGUCGACCAGAGCCGCAACUACAUCAGCAACUCGGCCCAGACCAACGGCGCCGUCGUCAAGGAGAAGGCCCCCGCCGCCCCCAAGACCCCCGCCAAGGCCAAGAAGAACAAGGACAAGGAGUACUAUGUCUGAGACGCCCCCUCCCCCAGCCCGCCUGGGACUGGGCGGGGCGGAGGACGGACCCCCGUCCUCCACCCCCCAGCCCGCCUGGGAGGGGGUGGGGCCGAGGACGGACCCCCUCCUCCACUCCCCCACCCACCCAGAC